GUUUUUGGGCUCUAGUUCGUCUGUAGCUUGUUAUUGCUCCCCCAAAGCUCCGUGGUGAUCGGUAUCAAGCAUCAUUUGCUGGCCUGCAAGCGACAGCGUCACGCAUUACGCCUCCGCCGCGCAAGGCACCCUGCAGCAACUACAAUGUCCAGCAGCAGCACGAGACCGCCCCUCCGAUUAGCAGGCGCGCGCGACCUGCGCAGUAGGCUAGUACUCGCCACGUUAGCACGAAGACCGGUCGAGAUACGACGGCUCCGGGCCGACGCGGAGCGGCCGGGCCUGCGCGGCGACGAAGCGAGCUUCGUGCGCCUCUUGGACAAGCUCACGAGCGGGUCUCGUAUAAGUAUAGACGAGACGGGCACCACGCUAAGAUACAGCCCAGGAACCUUGUGCGGUGGUUCCAUUGAACACGACUGCGGUCCGUCCGGACGACCCAUCGGCUGGUUCCUGUCGGCUCUUCUCCCGCUCGCGCCCUUCGGCGCGAAACCGCUUCGCUUGACGCUGAAGGGUGUGACUUGUGGCAACGACAAAGCGCGGUCCGCCGACGCGUUGUCGAAGAUCGCGGCGCCUCUACUAGACAAAUUUGGCUGUAAAGGCUGCGCCAUCGACGUGGAGAGGAGGGAAGCCGUGACACGGGACAAGAAGCGGGACUGGACGAAGCAGGCCGGGUCCGUCGUACUCAGGUGUCCCUGCGUGAGGACGCUGGACCCGGUCGACUUGGACGCGCCCUCACAAACGAAACGAGUCCGGGGCGUGGCCUACGCGACCAGAUGCGCGCCGGCGUUAGCAAACAGGUGCGCGGCAGCAGCUCGAGAGUUCCUCGAGCCCCUGCACGUCGACGUGCGCGUCGCGACGGACGCGUCGGCGCAGCGCGACUGUGCCCCCGUCGCGGGCGUCGGCAUCGUAUUGAUCGCGGAGAACGAUGCUUUGGCGAGAGGGGCGGAGCGCGACGCCGCCAGCAUGGAAGGCGACGCGUCGCCCGAGGCUUUAGGUGAGGGCGCGGCACGCGCUUUAGUUGCGGAGGUGAAGAGCGGCGGCUGCGUCGACGCCGCCACCCAACCGUUACUACUAACGCUGAUGGCCUGCGGCGCCGACGACGCCUCGAGCUGUGUGCUCGGGCCGCUGACGGCGCGCGCGAUUUCUCAACUCCGCCUGGUCAAGAAGUUUUUAGGGGUGACGUUCCGAUUGGCGCAGGAGGAGGGAGUGGUCCGGGCGACGUGCCUCGGUGCCGGGUUGAGGAAUGCGUCGAAGGGGGUUUCAUAGGUGC